GGUGUGUACACACUGCUGAUUGUGACUGCGUUCGUUUUGUUGUUUUUGCUGCUUGCGGAUUGGAAAUUGCGUACGAAAAGUUGUAAAUUAAAACGCUUGAAAUAUACAGAGACUAAGUCAGAUAAGCAAGAGAAACAAAAUAUGUCGGCUAAGCGCAAGUCAGGUGGAAACGGAGCUGGACCCAACAAACGUCGCCCCAAAAAGAAGGAGUCUGACUAUGAGGACGAGUUUAGCGAGGACUCCGAUGAAGAUUUGGCGCAACAGCAACACGCUGCCAGUCAAAUGGAGGUGCUGAUACCACACGAUAAUCUGGAUCCGCCUAGUAAACUGCCCGAGGACUUGCUGGCCACACUGGAAAAGACACCGGGCCAGCUGCUUUUGGCCGGCAUGGUGACCUGGGAUCUAACUGGGAAACGAGAUCGCAAAAAUGUCACCAAAGUGCGCCCCAAUCUGUACAGUUUCCAUCGCUUUACAGAUGAGAAGUAUCGUUCUGUGGCAAGUGGACCGACUGCUGCGCACUCGAUACUUAUCAAUAUGGAUCGCAAAGCGUUGGGUUUUGGUCGAAAUCCUAGCGGACAACUGGGUCUUAGCCCGGACAUUAAGUUGGUGGAGAAGCCUACAUUGAUACCAGCGCUGGAGCAACUCAACACUGUGCAGGCGGCCUGUGGAAGACAUCACACUCUCUUUCUUACCGACACCGGCACGGUGUACGCUUGCGGUGAAAACAAAUCCGGACAGUGCGGCGUGGGCAAUACUCAUCCCAUUAUAAAUACACCCACACCCAUUAACUAUCGUGGGCCGCCAAUUAUUCGCAUUGGUUGUGGCGCAGAGUUUUCUGUUAUACUCGAUAUUAAAGGCAAUUUGCACACUUUUGGCUUGCCGGAGUACGGCCAAUUGGGCCACAAUACGGAUGCCAAGUAUUUUGUGAAUGCCAACAAGCUGUCAUUCCAUUUCGAGACUUCGCCCAAAAAGGUUGUGCUCUAUAUUGAGAAGAGCAAGGAGGGACAUGUGACGCCCGUGGAUGGUGUGCAGAUUGUAGAUUUUGCCUGUGGCAACAAUCACACAGUAGCGAUUGACUCCAAGAAACGCGUCUAUAGCUGGGGCUUUGGAGGCUUUGGCCGACUGGGCCAUGCCGAGCCAAAAGAUGAGAUGGUACCGCGUCUUAUGAAAUUCUUUGACACUCAGGGACGUGGCGGUCGCAGUGUUUACUGUGGCUCCACUUUUAGUUUGCUUGUCAAUGAGCUGGGACUGCUGUAUCUUUUCGGCCAGAACAAGAAAACAGGCGAGGCCAACAUGUAUCCCAAGCCGGUGCAAGACUUGGCAGGUUGGAACAUCACAUCAAUUGGAUGCGCCAAUACGUCAGUUAUGAUUUCAGCAGAUGAUACUCUCAUUGCCUGGGGUGCUUCGCCAACAUUUGGUGAGCUGGGCAUUGGCGAGUUUCAGAAGUCAUCGACGGUACCCAAGGAGGUGCCAAAAAUGGAUAACAUUAAAAUACCUCAGGUCGCCAUGGGCUAUUCCCAUACGGCUCUGCUUGUGGACACUAGCCAUGAAGGCACUCAGCAGAAAUAUGAGAAAAUGCCCGAAUAUACUAUUGAUGAUUAGAUAAUCGGCGUUUUGCUCACUUUCUCUAUCCACAAGCAAGAAACAAAACAACAAAAGUAUACCGCUGCCAACAAUAAUACUGCUCUUAUUAUAUAGAAACUUUAAUGAAGUUAACUUCAAACAAAAUAUGUGAACUGAUCAACGAAACGCUGCUGCUACUUAUUGCAAGAAAAUCAAUAAUUCAUGAACAUUUUUUAUUGCGUAAGUUUAAACUUUUUUUUCUCUACAAUGCAA